AUGUCAUCUACCCACACUACCGAAAGCAGUUCGAUCGAUUCAGACAAAUGGUACAACGAUACAAGUCUUGUGAUCAGGUCCAAAGGACCUUACGAAGGUGUCGACUAUACCCUGUCGCAAGAUGCCAAGUUUAGUCUUCGCGAUGGACAGACAACUGAUGAUGGAAAGAAAACCCUUCCUAAAGGCACGAAAUUCUCUAUCUACGUAAGCAGGAACACACAAGGCCAGUCACAGAUUUAUGGUGAUAUAGGGGGCUACUGGGGGGCUACUACAGCCCCCGGAGGUCCUAGUGGUAUCCCAGGGUACAACGUAACAGAGGUGGCCAGGCCUAGCCCUUACAACUUGAAGUAUCUGGGUGACGCCUGA